AUGGCAACGCCAGAGCUGGCCAUCGCAAAGGCCACACUAUCCGCCACGUUAUUCCGCGCUGAUCCGACUUCUCUAAGUCGUCCCUCAGUUGAAGCUUUCUUCUCGCUCCUAACAGACGCCCUCGCCCAGUGCUCGCGCCCCAACGUCCAGAAAUGCAAGGUUUGGAUCGUCGAAAAUGUUGCCCCGUCUACCGCGCGCACCGCUGCGCUUGCCAAGUACUGUGGUGCUUUAUCAAAGAGUUUGCAAGAUGAUGGCUCGCGGCCUAGUCUGAAACGACGCAAACUUCAUAUAUUAUACGUUAUCAAUGAUGUGUUUUACCAUGUCGUAACGCGAAACGGUAACAGCGAAUUUGCGAUACCCUGGGACAACGCUUUGCCCGCACUGAUCGCAAGCGCUGCCGCCUUCGACAAUUGCCCGAAACACAAAAAGAAACUCGAGGAUCUUAUUCGACUAUGGGAUGAACAGCAUUAUGUCAACUCGAAAAUGGUCACAAAGCUCGAAGAAGCCCUCGCCAGCGGUGUUGCUCCACAGACUGCCCAGGAACCGCAAAUCUCGAAUGUUUCUCUAAAGCUUGCCAAAAACGCGCCAUUCACUCUCCCUUCAUUUCACGGCGACCAUUCGGUACCCUGGUAUGACCUGCCUGCGACAACAUGGCUACCACACCUGACUCCAAACUCGACCAAACCAAUGUUUCCCGAUCAAAUUCGACCCAUUCAACUCGCUCCGGGGCCCGCUGAUAAAGCUCUUGUAACUGCUGUACAGGAUCUUUUGGGUGAAGUAGAGCGCAUGUUCUCCAAGGAGCAGAAAUGGGAAGACGACCCCGCCAACGACCUUAACGAGCUUGGAGAACGAGUUGUCCUCGACGAGAUUGCAGGAGAUGUUAUUGGAGGUGAGACGUACUAUGGUUGGUCCCGUCGCUUUUGUGAGAAGAUGAAGGAGAGGAAAAGAAACGGCGGUAAAGGAGCAGACCGAGGUCGUUCAAGAUCACGAAGCCACUCCCGUGGUCGAUCACGAAGCUCUUCACGGCCUGCGCAUAAACGGCCACGGGUCUCAAGAGACUCCAGGAGUCGAAGUCCAACCCGUAGUCGAAGUCGGUCACGUAGCCGCGACCAUGAUCGUAGUCGACACCGACGUCGUACCUCUAGCUACAGCCGAAGUCGCAGUCGAAGCCGUGGAAAGCAGCACGAUCGGUCGAGGCAGCGAUCAUACAGCAGAUCACAGUCCCGCUCACCUUCGAGAUACUACAACAAAGAUGUUCAAGAUCGACCGCAUCGACCUCCUCCGAUUCCGCAACAGCCGCACCAACCCCAUUUCCCUCCUGUUCCUCCACCCGGGGAUUUUCCUCUGCCCCCUCCACCACCAGCUGGUUAUCAGGGCCCCUGGCCACCACCGCCACCUCCUCCACACAUGGCACAAGGUUGGUUCCCUCCCAAUCCUGCUAUGAUGGGGCAGAUGAUGGGAUGGAAUGUGCCCCCACAGCCACCACCACAGAACGGGUAUCAAGGCAGGGGAAGAGGUAAUGGAUUCCGUGGAAGAGGAAGGGGUGGCUAUGAUCGAGGACGGGGAUGGUAG